AGUUUCACACGAAACAAGUUACAGUGGCCAAGAAAUGAACAAGGGCAAAGUAGGCAUUAUCGGCAGCGGCCUGAUCGGCCGAAGCUGGGCAAUGCUGUUCGCCGGCGCCGGCUACACGGUGGACCUCUUUGAUGUAGACGACAAGAAAGUGGACGAGGCACUCAGCGACAUCGAGGCUCAACUUGUAAACCUCGAAAAGAAGGGCCUUCUACGCGGGACCCUCACCUCGAAAGAACAACACCAGCUUAUCAAGAAGUGCUCUACCAUGGCCGAGUGUCUCAAAAGCGCAAUUCAUGUGCAGGAAUGCGUCUUUGAAAAUGUAGAGCUCAAACAAAAGGUUUUUCUGGAAAUGGACAAACUUGUGGACGAUCGCACAGUACUCUGCAGCUCAACAAGCUGUUUUCCACCAUCAGCAUUCACCAAGGAGAUGAAGCACAGAAGCCAGGCCAUCGUUGGCCAUCCGGUGAAUCCACCUUACUAUGUCCCACUGGUUGAAAUAGUGCCUGCUCCUUGGACCAGUCCAGAUGUUGCCAUCAGAACAAGAGCCCUUAUGAAGGAGAUAGGCCAGAAGCCAGUGCUGCUGAAGAAAGAAGUGGAAGGCUUCGUGCUGAAUCGGAUUCAGUAUGCAAUUCUAAAUGAGUGCUGGAGACUCAUACAGGAUGGCGUGGUUGACACAGCUGAUAUGGACACUGUGAUGUCUGAAGGACUUGGCAUGCGGUAUGCCUUCCUUGGGCCUCUGGAGACUGCACAUUUAAAUGCUGAGGGGAUGUUGGAGUAUGCCGACAAGUACGCCAAGGGCAUUGUGAAAGUGUCCAAGACCUUUGGUCCAGUGCCCACUUACGACGGCCCCACCCUCACCAAAGUGAAUGCAGAGCUACUUCAGAAAGUGCCCCUCAAGGAUCUCCAGAAGAGACGCCAGUGGAGGGACACGAAGCUGGCUGAACUCGCUAAGCACAAGAAGCAGCCCUGAACAGUUCGUGCAAAAGCUAGUGUGGCGUU